AUGGAAAAAAUUAUAAUUAAAAAUAUAAAUACAACUUUAUAUUUUAAAAACGAGAUCAAAAUCAAAAAAAAUAGAAAAAUUUUCAACUAAAGCACUAUUAAAUCAAUAAUUAAAGGAAAGUAAAAUUUUAAAUCAUAAAAGACUACAAUUAUUUUUCAAAUUUUUUGGAUUAGGCUAUGACGAUUAGAUUUUGGAAAUUAGGUAUUAUUGCAAGUGUGGGGCUGCUUACAUAUUUUAUAAUUGA